CACAUUUCUGGAUAGAUUCUACUCCUCUUGUUUAAUUUUUGGAGCCACUCGUAUUUGAUUCGGUCCAACAAUGACAGAAAGGAAGGUGCUCAAUAAAUAUUUCCCUCCAGACUAUGACCCGUCCAAGAUUCCGCGCAUGCGUCGCGGCGACAAACGUAGGCAGUUCAAUAUACGUACCAUGGCUCCAUUCAAUAUGAGGUGUCUCACAUGCAACGGAUACAUAUACAAGGCGAAGAAGUUCAACUCUCGAAUGGAGGCUGCUGAGAAUGUGGACUAUCUCGGCUUACGACACUAUCGAUUCUAUAUUCGUUGUCCAAGCUGUUGUGCAGAAAUCAUCUGGAGGGUAGUAUUUUUCAGUCUAACUGACCUAGAAAGUGGGGAUUACGUUCUCGAAGGUGGAGCAAAACGAAACUUCGAAGCACUGAAAACCGCUGAAGAAUUGGAGGCCAAGCGACAAGCCGAAGAAGAAGAGGAGCUCGCCAACAAUCCAAUGAAGAUGUUGGAAAAGCGAACGGAUCAAAGCAAACAGGAAAUGGAAAUGGUCGAAGUGAUUGAAGAUUUGAAGCAGUUGAACGAACGACUAGCUGGCAUGGAUACGGACCAUCUGGUUCUGCGUAAGCUGUGGCAAGAGGAAGAAGCCCAGCGGAAGGCUGAGGAAGAAGCAGAUGAACAGCUGAUUAAAGAACUGCUUGCUGAGCGUUCUGCGCCCGUCACCACUGGAUCAGAUUUACCAUCUAGCACGAACCAUACCCCAAGUGUCCCGGAUCUGAUCUCUCCCAAACCGUCUAAGUCCACCACUCUUCCAAAUAUGCAAAAGGGGCCACCGAGAAGCAACACUUACAUGAAACGGCAGCUUCAAGGAGUGGUUCUUGUCAAAAGACCCGUUUCUGAAGUCGAAAACAAACCCAGCAAUCUCUCUGGGAGCCGUUCGACAGUGUCCAGCUCAGAGACGGAUGGGCCAACCAGUUCGAAAGUUCCAAAGGUCCUUUCAGCAUCCUCUGGUGUAUCGGAACCCUUGUCCACCGUAUCCAAUCCCCUCCCAGGAAUAACCUAUUCAGAUGACAGUGAUAGCAACUAAUUUCGCCGGCCACUUAUGUAUAUUACUGUUUGUAAAUAGCAUGCCAACUCGUUAGUGUUUCUGCUUCUCGGGGUUAUGUGGUUUGGGUACGUGUGCAGUUUACUUAUAAACCUGACUAACAAGGCUUUGGUGAAUUGUACUCCACCAAUCCGGCGCCAUACCGAAGCCGUUGACAGCAAGUUCUAAGCCAAUGCUCUUGUCUCCAUCACUGCGGUCGACAAUGUUGUGCAUACAAAAUUGUAUAUCCCCACUGGUUUGCGACUAGCGCCUCGCUCCCAACUAAAUUAUCCCGCAGUUCGUACCGUUUCCUAACGAAUUUCAUUCUCUUUGUUUUUCCAUGCAAGCCUUUCCACUCAUCUCACCUGAUUGUUUUCCAUCGCAUCCCAUAAAGCAAGGGUCGUGUUACACUGCAUCUUUGGCUCGUGUUUUGUUACAAAAAAAAGCAAAGGGCGGCU